AUAACUCUCAGAGCACACUUGCACUUUGUUUCCCCAAAUAACAGAUGUGUAGAUUUUUCAGACACAAUCUUGCCCAAGCUGAAAAGACUCGGAUUACUGCGAUGCCCAAACUGAAGAUGGCCUUCAUUUUCAUCCUAAGCUACUUGUGCUUCCUCGCUCCUGUCCACCAAGCACAACUUCCAAACGCCACCAUCUCAGAUCUCUCUCUCAAAAAUAUGGACUUUGCCAUUAACCUUUACAGAAAAAUAUCCAGUUACCACGACAAGAACAUCUUCUUCUCACCACUGAGCAUCUCCACCAGUUUCGCUUCACUUUUGAUGGCUUCUGACGGUGUCACGCACGAGGAAAUCCUGAAGGGACUCAACCUGGAGCAGCUGGAGACAGACGAGCAGCCAGAACUUAUCCCUAAGCUCUUUCAGCUGCUUCAUGAGAACAUCACACAGAACGGAUCGCUGAAACUGGACCAAGGCAUGGCCCUCUUUAUGCGGCAACAUUUUGAGGUCGAGAAGACGUUUGAAGACCAACUGAGGAAGUUUUUUGAUGCGGACAUCAAAGCUGUAGACUUUGCUGACAUAGAAAGGACCAUCAUUUUUAUUAACGAAUACAUCAAGAACAAGACUGAGGGUAAAGUUACAGAGAUGAUUUCUAACCUAAAUGAAGCGAUCCAGCUUUUGUUAGUCAACACAAUUUUCUUCCAGGGAGCCUGGCAGAUGCCUUUUAACCCCAGUCUGACUGAAAAUGCCCCCUUCUACAUUGACAACUAUAAUAUUGUGCAAGUGCCGAUGAUGUUUAAGGAAGACAAGUUCUACACGAUGGAAGAUCCUCCUCUCCGUGCCAGAGUGCUAAAGCUGCCAUAUCGGGAAGGUAUUUCCAUGCUUGUCCUGCUACCCAACGAAAGAACGGACUACACUGUAAUUGAUGAAGAGAUCAGUGCUCAGAAGUUCCAGAAUUGGAUUAAAAAGCUGCGAAAAAUCAAACUGGAAGUCAACAUGCCUAAAUUCAAGAUGGAGCAGUCGUAUUCCCUCCACAAGAUUCUACCAGACAUGGGCAUGAGCAGCAUCUUUAGUGUUUCAGCCAAUCUGACCAGGCUCAGUAAGGACGGAGGCCUCAAAGUGUCAGAGGUGCUGCACAAGGCUGUGAUUGAGGUGGAUGAGACAGGGACAACUGCAGCAGCUGCCACAACAAUCGGCAUUAUUCCCUACUCCCUACCGAGGCGCUUCACUGUCGACAGGCCAUUCUUCUUCUUCAUAUACCAUGAAGAUACAAACUGCCUGCUGUUCAUGGGCAGGGUGAUUGACCCCACAAAGAAGUAAUCACCACCGCUGCAUUGUUUGAGCUCUUGCGCUUGAUUUUUGUGUUCACUCAGGCUUUGACAAGUCUAAUUUGGUGCAUUUUUCAAGUCUAAAAUUGGCUUGAAAUGCUUUUUCUAGCCUCUGCUGUAAAAUACAAGCUAUAAGUGAUGAAUGUUAAUAAAGACUUUACAUACAUCUCCAUAAUUUCACCCUCAAAUACAUAAUGAUAAUCCUAAAACCUAUACUAAAUGAAAAAUGUGCUGGUUAUAUAAAUGAGACAACCAGAGAACUUUCAAUUAAUAAAUUAAUGGAAAACUUGCUGUUACUGCAUCUGUCAAAUAAAUACAUCAGCACCUUGUAAGUUGUAACUACUGGCUGUAAUAACUGUUAACAAAUCGCUUAAUCUUGUCAAUAGAUGAGCCACAAACAAUCUGUCUGUCUGGCAUUUAUGUUUAUGGGUUUUGUUUUUUUAGCUCUAGUUUAUCUGAUAGAGCCUUCAAAUGAAUCACUUCACCUCUUCUUGAACUGUUUAUCAGGAUUUAUCUGUACAGACACGACUGUUAAUUCUAAAAUUCUUUAUGAAUGAUUCAUUCACAAUCACAUGAGGAUGACUUAAAAACAUUUGCUUUUGGCUUAUAAGAAAGCAAUAAUGACAGAAACAUGUAUUUAUGUACCAGCUUUACAAACAAUCUUAUACAAAAUGCUUUGAAAGGCAAAGCAGAAGCAGGAUCCCCAGCAGAAUACAAAACAAUAAUUCAGAUAAAGAGCAAACAAAAUGGCUUCAAAUAGAAUGCUGCAAUAUGUCAACAUUAAUAAAUAAAAGUAAAAUAAUAAAAGCAAUGUUAACCUUUAUAAUCAA